AUGGGUUGUUGUACAUCGAGAUUGUUAGAUGAUGAUAUUUUGGAUUCUUCGGAAGAUCCUGUUCCUAGAGGAGGAAAUAAACCAUUCACAAAAAAAGGAUUAUCAUGGACUUCAGAUUCUCCAAUAACUAUUAAUCAAUUAAAGAAACAACGUGAUGCAUUCUGGGAUACUGCUCCUAGUUAUGAGGGCCGAUUAGAGAUAUGGCAAGCUAUCCGGUGCGCAUGUGAAUCAGAUGAUAUUAUUCUCUCACAAGCAGUUAUUGAUACUGCCAAUAUCACUAUACCGACAGGUAAUUUGGCUGAAGGAUGUUAUGAUGAACUUGAUCGUGGAAUAGAUGAUAUGAAUUCAAAAUUACUUUCAGAACACACAAAAAAUAAUGAAAAACCUAUUAAAAUUAGAUUAUCAAAUUCAUCAAAUGAUAUAAUAGUUAACAUAAAUCCAAAAUUAGAUACUAUUGCCAUAUUAAAAGCCAAAUUAUGUAUAAAUCAAGGGUUGGAUGUUAAGAAGUUUAAUGUAAGGAUUUUAUUUCUUGGACGUUUGUUGGAUGAUAAAUUAAAAUUUUCAGAUUUAGCACUCAAAGACGGCCAACUACUACAAGGGUUAAUUACAGAAAAAUGA